UAAAGUGAAAUGGGGAGUCGAAAUUAGUUAAACGGAAAAGAAAAAAAAAAAUAACAAAAAAAAAAGAGAGAAAGAAAAUCUUCUCCAAUGAAUGGAGGGUGAGAGGGCCGAUUCACCGGUGGGGCCCCGCUGGGGAGGUAUUUGUAGCAUGACGCGCCCGCGGCUUCCCCGCACCCAUGACCCCGCGGAUAAGGUGCACCAUCCACUUUCGUCGCGCCCGCAGCCUGCCCCGGGCCUGGGCGCUGGGCUGGCGCAUCCUCCGCCGCUUUUUCGGGGCGCUGGGGCGGCGCUGGCCGCGGCGCCUUGCCCUGCAGCUGGUCCUGCGGCGGAGGCGGCGCGGGAGCCCCCGGGCCAGGUGAUGAUGCUGGGCAGCCCGCGGGUGGCCGAGCUGCUGCUGCGGCACGGAGCCGACCCCAACCGCGCCGACCCGCGCACCGGCUGCCUCCCGGCGCACGAUGCGGCCCGCGCCGGCUUUCUGGAGACGCUGGCGGCGCUGCACCGCGCCGGGGCGCGCCUCGACCUCCGCGACGGCCGCGGCCGCCUGCCCCUCGACGUGGCGGCGGGGGGCCCGCACGGGGCCGUGGGGCGCUACCUGCGCGACCCUCCGCCCCUUCCAGGAGCCGGGGGCGCAGCCGAGAGGGCUGCGCGCUGACCCGGCCCCGGCUUGUCCCCGCGUCCCCGGCAGCCCACCUCCCCCGCGAGCAUCCCCGCCGCCCAGUCACCAGCGAGCCGCCGCGGAUGGCGCUGCCGAUGUCCGUCUGCUGGGAAGGGCGCUUCUCUGUCCCGCUAUCGCCAGGGCCCCUCCCGUGAGUCCCGGCCACUCCGGCUCCCGCUUCUGCGAGAAGACACGUGCCGAGGUUUUCUCUGUUUCCUGAGAAAAAGAGGAAAAAAAUCCGAAACACAAUCAAGACUAGAGCUCCUGCUUCCCCGUCUCGUGAUCUCCGGCGGGCAGAGCACAAGCGCCAGACGGCUCUUUUGUACUCUAGUGGGAAAAAAAAAUAAUAAAAAAAAAAAAAUAUAUAUAUAUAUUAAAUGUUCACCUUUUCCUCUUUUUUAUUUACAAUAAAGCUGCUUAGCAAAGUGAGAACGCUAUGUUUCCCUUACUGGCUUGCUCACUGCCCUGCAAAGCUUUCUAUUUUAGUUAUUCUUUGAGACUCUUUUAUGUUGCACUCCAAAACAGUGAACACUUUAGCCAUAUCACUCAUAAAUUUAAUUAAUCCCCAGAGCUUCUUCCCUCACCAGCCCACUCAACAUACAGUUUUAACACCAAGAUGUAACAGUGAUUGAAUGCUAAAAAUUUUAAUGCUGAUCAGACUUACAAUUUGGGAACUACAAACAUUUUGUGUAGCUGUAUUUAUGGAAAUUUGUGUGAGAAAACAAUUGGCAGUCAAUUAGUUACUGCAAAGUUUUUUGCAUUUGGAGAUCCUAUUUGCACAGAAGGUACAGACAACGAGCUUCUUAUUUUUAAGACAGCUUUCUGGGUCUCUAAACCAGAUACUUGGAAACAACAACAAAUGACCGAGUUUUGUUAUAAAUCUGGAUUUUCCCACACUUUUUGGUUUCUGUUUUCUGUUUUUCCUGUGUAAUUUCUAUCAUCUACCCGAUGUUCAUAUCACUUAUGUGUGAUUAAAUACCUGCUAUAAUUCAGUAAUAAAACACGAAAAA